AUUACGUGUCUUGCACCGGAGGUACAGAGAAGAGUCUCGAUGAAGUUGCUUCCACUUUCCAGGGGCCUCGCCGAACGGUUCAGGGCCGAGUGAGUGAGUGAGUGAGUGAGUGUGUGUUUGCUCUGCCUUAUUUCGUGUUUGAUCUGCUUCCAAAUGAAUCUUCACUAAUGACCCCAAAAUUACCCCCACCGACGUACACUUAUACUGGUCUCCACUGAGUGCAGAGAGGACAUUUGGGUGAAGUGACACCGGAGCACACCCGUGCAAGAUUUGUAAAGGGCGACUCGUAUGCCCAAAUAAAGUCAUGAAUUCCUGUUACUUGAAACAGGAACAGACUGAAGUGAAGAGAUUCUGGCAGUUUAGCAGAGCUAAAUUGAAUGGAAAGACCUCUAAAAAGUCAUUUGAAAACAUUUGUAACUGUGUAUAAACGGUGAAAGAGAAAUUGACCAGAACGAAAUUUCUUGAAUAAUUGAGACAGGCGAAUGUGUGUGUCAUCAGUUCUUUCCAGAAGCUGAGGAAUCUUCCCUUGAAUUGAAGGAUUGUGUACAUUUAAUGAGAGGAUGACGUUUCAAUUUAAUUUCACUAUAGAAGACCAUGUGGAAAAUGAAUUAACACCCCUUGAAGAUGGAGCUUUGACCCUGAAUUCCUCAAAAGAAUCUUCAGUCUCAGAAAGUCAAAAGGGUAAACACAGGGACAAAAAACGUUCUACAGAACAGUUUGAUUUGCCUCAGGACCACUCGUGGGAACAUAAUUCAGUGGGAAAUGCAGCUCCCUCUCAAGACACAGACAACUCACUUGACACAGCUAGCAGUUCAGGUAACUUGGAGCCUCCUGAAAAACAGCCUUGCUUGAGAGUCGCGAAAGAGCACGCUAUUCCUAAAGAUUUAAAGAAAGUGUUAGAAAAUAAAGUCAUAGAAACGUUACCAGGUCUCCAGCACAUGAACAUAUCAGUAGUAAAAACCAUCUUGUUGAAAGAGAACUUCCCUGGAGAAAACAUAGUCUCAAAAAGUUUUUCCUCUCACUCUGAUCUUAUUACGGGUGUUUAUGAAGGAGGCUUAAAAAUCUGGGAAUGUACCUUUGACUUCCUGGCUUAUUUCACAAAGGCCAAAGUGAAAUUGGCUGGGAAAAAAGUGUUGGAUCUUGGCUGUGGAUCAGGGUUGCUGGGAAUAAUUGCUUUCAAAAGAGGGGCCAAAGAAAUUCACUUUCAAGAUUAUAACAGUAUGGUGAUUGAUGAAGUAACCUUACCCAAUGUCGUGGCUAACUCCAGUUUAGAAGAUGAAGAAAAUAGUGGAAAUGAACCAGAUGUGAAAAGAUGCAGGAAAUCAAAAGUAGCACAAGAACUAUGUAAAUGCCGGUUCUUUUCUGGAGAGUGGUCUGAGUUUUGUGAGCUUGUACUAAGCAGUGAAAAACUGUUUGAGAAAUAUGAUCUCAUUCUCACCUCAGAAACUAUUUACAAUCCAGAUUAUUAUAGUACUUUGCACCAAACACUCCAUAGCUUGUUAGAUAAAAAUGGGCGGGUGCUUUUGGCCAGCAAAGCACAUUAUUUUGGUGUAGGUGGAGGCAUUCAUCUUUUUCAGAAGUUUGUAGAAGAAAGGGAUGUAUUUGAGACCAGAACACUUGAAAUAAUUGAUGAAGGACUAAAAAGAUUCCUAAUUGAAAUGACUUUUAAGUACCGUAGUUAAUGUCUAAGUGUCUGUCCUGAGAGAAAUAAACAGAAGAGCUAAAAACAU